AUGGCAACUCGCUGGAUGACAUCCGAGAUGGGGUCUCCAGUGUUAGCUAACCCCCCUCUUCGCUCUGUUAGCUCCUCCUUGUACGAACUUAGCAUAACUGAAUGCGCUCCUGAUUCCGCCUUUGACAACACGCCUCCGAUUUUUGACAUGAGUGUUAUCCUUUGCACUGCGGGGUAUGACCAUACCAUCCGCUUCUGGGAAGCGCUCUCCGGUAUUUGCUCGCGUACCAUUCAGCACCCGGACUCCCAGGUCAAUCGCCUGUGCAUUACUCCGGACAAGCGAUUCCUCGCGGCCGCGGGCCAUAACAAUGUCAAGCUGUUCGACAUCAAGUCGACCAACCCGAACCCUGUGAUUACUUUCGAGGGUCACACGAACAACAUCACCGGUGUUGCCUUCCACUGCGAGGGCAAAUGGAUGGUCACUAGCUCCGAGGAUGGAACCGUGAAGGUCUGGGAUACGCGUACCGGUAGCCUCCAGCGCAACUAUGUCCACCGUGCCCCCGUCAACGAUGUUGUGAUCCACCCCAACCAGGGCGAGCUCAUCAGCGGUGACCACGCCGGAAUGGUCCGUGUCUGGGAUCUGGGCGAGAGUGUUUGCACUCACCAGCUGAUUCCUGAGGAUGACACUGCUGUGCUUAGUGUCAGCGUUGCCAGUGAUGGAUCUCUGCUGUGCGCUGGAAACAAAAAGGGAAACGUCUACCUCUGGCGCAUGGUCCAGACCGACGAGACCACUCGCAUUAUUCCCGUCUGCACCUUCCAGGCCCACAAGGACUACCUCACCCGUGUUCUGCUCUCUCCUGACGUGAAGCACCUGGCGACUUGCUCUGCCGACCACACUGCGAAGGUCUGGAAUCUCGAUGCUGAUUAUCUGCCUGCCAAGGCUGUUCUCAAGCAAUGGAAGGAGAAGGAAGCCCAGAACCCUCCUGCGGAAACCCAGGCCGAAGUUCCAACUCCCCCAACUGAGACUCCAACCCAAUCCCGCGAUUUGCUGCGCAUCUUCGACACCCCGGCCCAGGACCGUGACCUUCUUCGUAUCACCGACAACCCUCCCCGCCAGGAGACUCCCCAGCAGACAUUCACUUCGUCUCCCGAUGGCCCCCCCAUGGACCCAGUCAACCACACCCUGUUCCUGGAGACCACUCUCGCCAACCACCAACGUUGGGUCUGGGACUGUGCUUUCUCUGCGGACUCUGCCUACCUUGUGACCGUCUCUAGUGACCACUACGCUCGCCUGUGGGAGCUCAGCACUGGUAACAUCAUCCGCCAGUACAGUGGCCACCACCGUGGCGCUGUAUGUGUUGCCCUGAACGACUACUCUGAGCCUCGCUAG